GUCUCUCUCAAAAGUCUACUCUAUAAAUGAAACCAUUUCUAUCAGACAGAAAAUCACCAAGUCACAAGAAACCCAACGAGUCAGUCAUCAAGAGAAAGGAUCCCAAAAGAUGGCCAAGUCAAUGAACCUUCUGAUCGCAGCUCUUUCCAUCAUCGCCUUCUCUCCUCUUUGUUUGUGUUCCAAAGCCUACGGAAGUGGCGGCUAUCUCUUCCCUCAGUUCUACGACCACUCGUGUCCUAAAGCUCAAGAGAUUGUUCAGUCCAUUGUGGCUAAAGCAUUCUCACACGACCCUCGCAUGCCUGCCUCCUUGCUCAGACUCCAUUUCCACGAUUGUUUUGUCAAGGGAUGUGAUGCAUCGAUACUGUUGGACAGCAGUGGAAGCAUAAUCAGCGAGAAACGAUCAAACCCUAACCGAAACUCAGCCCGUGGUUUCGAACUCAUCGAAGAAAUCAAAGCAGCCUUAGAACAAGAGUGUCCUGAAACAGUUUCUUGCGCCGAUAUCUUGGCUCUAGCCGCUAGAGACUCAACGGUCAUUACGGGUGGGCCGAGCUGGGAAGUACCUCUAGGAAGAAGAGACGCAAGAGGAGCGAGCUUGAGUGGUUCCAACAAUGACAUUCCAGCUCCUAACAACACGUUCCAAACCAUCCUCACUAAGUUCAAGCGUCAGGGCCUCAACCUUGUCGAUCUUGUCUCCCUCUCUGGAAGUCACACCAUCGGAAACUCGAGGUGCACAAGCUUCCGGCAGAGGUUAUACAACCAGUCCGGGAACGGCAAGCCCGAUCUAACCCUUAACCAAUACUACGCCUCCGUGUUACGUCGACAGUGUCCUAGAUCCGGUGGUGACCAGAACCUCUUCUUCCUUGACUUGGCGACGCCGUUCAAGUUUGACAACCACUACUUCAAGAACCUGAUCAUGUACAAAGGGCUAUUGAGCUCCGACGAGAUUCUGUUCACGAAGAACAGAGAGUCCAAGGAGCUCGUGAAGCUGUACGCUGAGAAUCAAGAGGCCUUCUUCCAGCAGUUUGCGAAAUCGAUGGUGAAGAUGGGGAAUAUCUCUCCUUUGACGGGCGUGAGGGGAGAGAUCCGGCGAAUCUGUCGGAGGGUUAACCAUGCCUAUUGAUAAAAUCUCUCAUAUAUGAAUGAAUGAGUGCAACAAAAGAAAAUGGUUUUAAUGCAUUUGGUUCCUGCAUGGACGAUGUGUCAUUGGUGUGUGAUUUGAGUUUUUGGUUUAUGUAGACUUUGAUGAUUUCUUUUGGCUUUCCUUGUAUUAAAAUGUGUAUCUGGUGUUUGAAUAUUUAUGGAUACUAUAGUAUAUAAUUCUACUUAAAGUGUAUUUGCUAAUGGAUAUUUGGAAGUAUUGGGCCUUGUGACAAUUUUAGAAUUCUCAAAUUGGAUUCGGGAACUUGGGUCUUAGCUCAAAAGAGAACACAGACGGUUGAAACGGUGCCGUGUUCAAAGCACACACAAACUCCGAGUCGGAGGAGAUGGGACUACUGGCGGACGGCGAAUCUUUCAUCAGCUGUCCUUUCGCUUCUUCUACGCGCCACAGUGACUGUUUCGAUUGCCAAUCGCGAUUUGGUCGGAUUGAUUGACUUCGAUUGCAUCUUCUAAGGAUUCAUUUAUGGCGGCGCCGUGGCAGUGGGAAAACGCCACCGCCGGCGCCGUCGCUGGAUUCGCCACUGUCGCCGCUAUGCACCCUCUUGAUGUUGUCCGUACGAGAUUCCAAGUGAGCGACGGUAGAGGGUCAAGUCUCCCGACGUACAAGAACACAGCUCACGCUGUCUUCACCAUUGCCCGGCUCGAGGGCUUGAGAGGACUUUAUGCAGGUUUCUUCCCUGCUGUAAUCGGUUCUACUGUUUCAUGGGGCUUAUACUUCUUUUUUUAUGGAAGAGCAAAACAGAGAUAUGGUAGAGGCAGGGACGAUGAGAAACUCAGCCCUGGUCUUCACCUUGCUUCUGCUGCUGAAGCAGGAGCCUUGGUCUGUCUAUGCACAAAUCCGAUUUGGCUUGUCAAAACAAGAUUACAGCUACAAACACCUCUUCAUCAAACCCGAAGAUACUCGGGGCUUCUAGAUGCAUUUAGAACCAUAAUGAAAGAGGAAGGGCCCAGGGCGCUCUACAAGGGUAUAGUCCCUGGUCUUGUUCUGGUUUCCCAUGGUGCUAUUCAGUUCACAGCGUAUGAGGAACUCCGUAAAGUCAUUGUGGAAUUGAAAGAAAGGAGAAGAGAAUCCGAAUCGGCUGAUAAUUUAUUGAACUCGGCAGAUUAUGCAGCACUUGGCGGCUCCUCAAAAGUCGCAGCAGUUCUUCUGACAUAUCCAUUUCAGGUUAUUCGAGCACGAUUACAGCAACGGCCUAGCACUAACGGGAUUCCGAGAUACAUAGACAGCUUGCAUGUCAUGAGAGAAACCGCAAGAUUCGAGGGUCUCAGAGGUUUCUACAGAGGACUAACCGCUAAUCUACUGAAAAAUGUGCCUGCUUCUUCCAUCACAUUCAUCGUCUUUGAAAACGUCCUCAAAUUUCUAAAACAACCUCCAACGACAGAGUAGAUCUCUCUCUUUUUUUUUUUUUUUUUUUUUUUUUUUUAUUUAACUUGUACACAUAGAAGGUAGUUUGUUUCAGUUUAUUGGAAACGCUACAGAAAUCUGUUGUUAGUGUUUUUAUAGUAUUGGGUCAUACAAGUUUCCACGAGUGAGAGAGGCUCACAAAUUAGAGAAAAUACGUUUCCAUAUCAGCUAAUUAAAAUUGUCUCCGUACAUUUUGAGGUGACAAAAUAUAUAUAUACUGAUGAAUAUAUUACGUUUUUGAUAUUGUCUAAA